AUGGCCUUCGGCAUCAACCACAUCAAAAAGUGGUACAAGAAGCUCGCCCGCAAGACACCACCACCACAACCACAGCAGCAGCAGCAACAGCAGCAGCAAGCACCGCCGCCGCCUCCGCCACCACAGCCCUCACUCGAGGUCGACAUCGCCGCCAUCAGACAACUCUUCGUCGACGAGCUGGACGCGGAGAUGGCCCGUCAGCUCAUUGGGGUCGGCCUCAACAACAUGGUUGUGCGCACCUUCCGCAGCGAGAACGGCCGCGCUGGGUACCUUGCGAUCAACUUACGUUCAUAG